AGAAAUCUGAAAGCCAGUGAACGUAUACUUCAACCGUUGCGAGUUCAUCACCUUCCUUGGACAAGAUGAGUGAUCUUGAUGAUUGGGAGAACGCCGACGAAGAUGACAUUCAACUUCAGAAGAAGCCUGACGAAGAUGAAUGGUCUGACAAGGAAGAGGAGGAGGAGGAGGACCCUGAUGAGAAAAUGGCGAAGUUGAGAGAGGAGAAGGCAAAACUCCUUGAGAGGCUGAGCGAGAUCGACGACAUCCUCCCCAAAGAACUCCCCAAGGAGAGCUCCAAGAAGGGGAAGGCUACCAAGAGGCUGAUCAAGGAGAAGGAGGAGGAAGAGAAACGCCGCGCUGAAGAGAUGACGAAGAGUGAGGCCCAGGUCUCCUUGCAGCGCAAGAUUGAAGAGAGUGACUUUGAGAACGCUCAAGACAUGUUUGGCAGUGGAGGCAAGGCACAAGAAGGAACAUCUGACAGUGGCCGGUUUGAGAGUUGGAAUCUCUCCUGCAACUCCAAGCAGAAGGACGUCGAGGAGUUUGCUGAGUACACCGCUGCCAAGAUCAUCAAGUUUCAGGAUGAGUUCCUCUACCUCGCUCUUAUUCGCAAGCUCCUUCAGGAGACGACCAAGUCGAUUGACUCCAACCAGGUCAAGGAGCUCAUGCUUGUCUUGACCAAGGGGCGAGAGGACUUCAACGUCGCUGAUCUUCUCAGAUACCUCAUCCGUGAUGCCGACAAGGACCUGAGCGAGGCUGACAUUGAGGAUAUGUUGAACAAGGAGCUCAAGAUUGAAGAGAAGGCUCUUGCCUCCAAGAGCCGCAGCAAGGCCCCUGAGAAGGUGAAGCUGACCGCAAGGCAGCUGCUGAUGAAGGUGCUCCUGCACGACCUUGUUAGAGACUGCAAGCCCGAGGAAGUCCUCAGGAUCAUCGAGGAGGGCUGCGGGUUGACCCUCACCAGGGAGCAGCAGGGCAAGAUCGCCCACAAGAAGGCUGAGCUGCAAGGAGACCCGAGCGCGCAGAAGCAGGCGGGCAAGGGCUCUGCCCGCGUCGCAGACCACAAGAGCAUGUCUAUGUACGAUGCCUUUGGUACUGGAGGAGGAGAGGACUGGGGAGGCGGUGGUGGCACUCGAGGAGACGACUAUGAUUUCAUGUAAAGCCAGCAAACAGUCCACGACGAGGUUCGGAAGAGGUUUGACUGGCCACUUGUGGUCCUUUAUGAUCAGGAUCUUAAUUACAUAUGAUUGCAUUUGGAGUAGUUC